GUUGCAUCUACAAUCUACUCAAUGAUAUUCUUGUUGUGUCUACCAUUUAGACUUUGGAAGAUUCGAAGGUCCCGCAUCAAGAGCGCUUCGACUUGGCGGGCUCCAGCGAAGUCUGUCAGUACCAAUUUGCACUGUUCCAACACAGCGAGCACUACUGAUGCCUCCACUCGAUGCGAAUAGACCCUUAGCAUAUUGCUUUCAGUUAUUCUAGUGGUUUGCCUGAUAAAAUCCGCACAGCAUGACAUCUUCUUUGCAGCAUCAACAGCAGCUUCUAUUGUUGCAACUCUAGGAUUGAGUUUGCUGGGUAUUUUGGAUCGUUACCCAUCAUCACAACCCAAAGAUCUAGCUACAUUCUAUCUCGUCGCCUCGAUAUUAUGCGAUGUCAUUCUCUUGACGAUCCCAUCUGGAAUUUCCGCCAACGCAAACAUGUCACUUCCAGUAUUAAUCCGAUGCCUCUUAUAUCUGAUGCUUUUCACACUAGAGUGCUGUGGCAAACCUCCAUUGACCACUUCUAGCGAACCUCGAAUCCCAGAAGAAUCCAGUGGAGCAUUGAGCAUGAUCUUCUUCACCUGGAUUAAUCCCAUUCUACUCAGGGGAUAUAGGAACAUAUUAAAUCAUCAAGAUCUACCGCCUAUGAGCCAGAAUAUGAAAGCAUACCUCACCAGAAAGAAUAUGCUUCGGAUGUGGGAUCAACGAGCAAAGCCUGAAAGCAAGAAAUCUUUACCUUUGGCCUUGUUUAGAUGCAUCAAAAAGCCAUUCCUUGCUGCAAUCAUGCCUCGAUUAUUCCUGAUCAUCUUUCGAUAUUCUCAACCUAGUUUGAUCAAGCAAGCCAUCAGAUUCGUUGACAUGCCUCCGACCACUCCCGACAGCCAUUAUGGCUACUGGCUAGUAGUUUCAGCUGUAGUCAUCUACAUUGGCCUCGCAAUCUCAACAUCGAUGUACCAACAUCGACUGAACAUGAUAAAGCUUAUGAUCAGAAGCGCUCUCGUGGGCCUCAUACACGAUAAAACAAUGAACUCACCUAGCAUCGCUUACGACAACGGCGAAUCCACAACUCUAAUGAGCACAGAUGCAGACAGCCUCGUCGGAAUCGGUGAAAUGUUUCACGAGACAUGGGCUCAACUAGUUGAAGUAGUGAUUGGUAUAUCCCUUCUCGCUACUCAAGUAGGCUGGAUCUGGCCUCUCCCUCUCUUUCUGAUAUUCCUAUGUUCUCGCGUCAGCCGCUACGUCGCCACUCAUCUCCAACCCUGUCAAAAAGCUUGGAACAGCGCCACGCAGAGACGUGUAGCAGCAACAAGCUCCAUGCUUAGCUCCAUGAAAACCAUCAAGAUGCUCGGAUUCAAGGAAUCUCUCACCAACCGAAUAAUGCAGCUUCGGAACGAAGAACUUGUCGCUGCAUCGAAAUUGAGAUGGAUGAUGGUGUACUACAACGCAUCCGCCAAUGCUCUCGGAAUCUUCUCCCCAGCCAUCACAUUGGCUAUCUUUGCAGUCAUCGCAGCAUUCCAUGGACAGAAUCUCGACGCAGAAACUGCGUUCCCGACAAUAGCUAUCUUGAGCAUGGUAACGCAUCCCGCGAAUAUGGUCAUGACGAUUGUUCCGCGUGCGAUCGGGACACUUGCUUCUUUUGACAGGAUCCAGACUUUCUUGCUGCGGCAAUCUUUACUUGAUCACCGUGUAGCGCUGGCAAAGGGUGGUCCAGCGAUUCAGAUCGAGGAUCUGAGGAUUGGAGAAAUUCUACCAGUUUUGGAGAAUGUAAAUCUGGAAGUGACACCCGGGUCAUUGACAAUAAUUUCUGGUCCGGUAGGAAGUGGAAAAUCGACUUUACUACGGGCCAUUCUUGGCGAGGUGACGCCUUCUCAUGGAAGUAUCAAGGUGACGACGAAACGGAUUGGGUAUUGUGCUCAGAUUCCCUGGCUUCCUAGUGGUAGCAUCAGAGAUGUGAUACUCGGCACUGCCAAGGAGAUUGACGAGAGAUGGUAUCAAGAAGUCUUCGAGAAGUGCUGUCUUAUCCACGAUUUGAAGUCCUUGCCUGAUGAUGAUGAGACGCAGAUUGGGAGUCGGGGAAUGAAUUUAUCUGGGGGUCAGAGACAGCGUUUUGCCUUGGCUCGUGCAUUGUUUGCGAGGUGCGAGAUUGCUCUGCUUGAUGAUACCCUAAGUGGGCUAGAUGGCGAGACUGAAAAGAGCGUUUUUGAGAAUCUGUUUGGGUCUCAGGGAGUAUUUCGCCGUUUGAAAACUACGGUCGUUCUGGUGUCCAAUUCAACUCAAUAUUUCUCAGCAGCGGAUCGAAUCGUAGUCCUCGGCGACCAUGGCAUCAAAGAACAAGGCACCUGGCGAGAAAUUAAAUCUAAAUCAGCUUCGAUAUCCAAAUUCAUUCCUCACCACCCCACUAGCGAUGAAACGGUCCUAUCAUCAAGCUUCGACAAGCUCCGCGCUCAACUCCAAGCCAGUGGCGAAGCGGAACUUGAUCUUUCCAGACAAACCGGAGAUUUGGCCCUCUAUGGCUACUACCUCCACUUCGCUGGAAAAAUAAACAUCCUACUCAUCAUCGCCCUCACGUCUUCUUAUUCAUUCUUUAGCACUAUCCCGCAAUACUGGCUGCAGCUUUGGACGGAGGACAAGGGUGGUCAUACAGUGUUUUAUACGUGCGGACUUUUACUGCUGGCGUUGGCUGCUUGGUCAAUCACUAGUGUUAUGAUGUGGGCGACGAUCAUUCGACUUGCACCUCACUCGGGGAGGGUGUUGCAUGAGCGGUUGUUGUUUAUUGUGACUUGCGCACCCCUAUCCUUCUUCUCCAAAACCUCCAACGGCUCAAUCUUAAACCGAUUCACCCAAGACAUCCUCCUAAUCGACAAACAACUCCCCUCCGCAUUAUCCUCUCUCGCCGCCCAAUCCUUCAAACUCACCGCCCAAAUCAUCCUCCUCUUCAUCUCCCAACGCCUGCUAACCCUCUCCCUACCCCUCCUCCUCUUAGUCUUACUCAUAGUCCAAAAAAUCUACCUCCGCACCUCGCGCCAACUCCGCUUCCUCGAACUCGAAGCCCGCGCUUCUGUCUUCUCUUCUUUCCUCGAAACUAUCUCAGGCAUAGAAACGAUCCGCACUUUCGACUGGCGGAAAGAAAUCAUCGAACAGAACGUGGAGUAUGUGGAAGAGAGUCAGAGGCCAGAGUAUCUACUCUUAGCGCUGCAAAGAUGGUUAGGCGUUGUGCUGGAUUUGGUGGCUGCGGCGCUCGCUACCGCUGUGGUGGGUAUUGCGGUUAGGGGAGGGGUGGAGGCGGGGAGUGUGGGGGUGGGUUUGGGGGUUUUGUUGGUUACUAAUAGUACUUUGUUGAAAUUAGUGGAGAACUGGACGGAAAUGGAGAUUUCCCUUGGGGCGGUGGCUAGGUUGAAGACGUUAGAGAAAGAGACUGGUCUUGAGGGUGAAGGAGUUGAGGAGAUCGAAAUCUCUGAGGAUUGGCCGUCGAAUGGGUGUGUAGAGAUUAAGGAUAUUACUGUGGCUUAUGGAGACAACGUCGUCCUCAAAAACUUCAACCUAACCAUCACACCCGGUCAAAAGACUAUCCUCUACGGCCGCACAGGCAGUGGAAAAAGCACCCUCAUCCUGAGCCUCCUCCGCCUCGUCCCCUUACAAAGCGGCACAAUAACAAUAGACAACCUCCCCACCUCGCACAUCCCCCUCCCCCUUCUCCGCUCCCGCGCCUUCAUAACCAUAUCCCAAGACCCGCUCCUCUCCCCCCACUCCACCGUCCGCUACAACCUCGACCCCUCCAACUCCUCUCCCUCUUCAAUCCUCAUUUCCGCCUUACAAAUCACCGGAUUAUGGCAACACCAACAACUUGACACUGGUACAAUCCUCGAUACUCCCCUCUCCGAAAUGCCAGAGCUGUCAGUGGGCCAGAUGCAAAUGUUCGCCCUGUGUAGAGCGGUGGUUAAGGUGAGGGUCCUGACGGAGAGGGCCGUGCGGCCUGUGGUGCUUUUGGAUGAGGUGACGGCUAGUUUGGAUGCGGAGAGAGAGGAGAGGGUGGAUGCGGUUGUGGAGGAGGAGUUUUUGGGGAGGGGGUGUGCGGUUUUGGUUGUGGGGCAUAGGAGGGUUAGGGUGGUGGAGGGGAGGGAUAGGGUUGUUUGGAUGGGUGGGGGGAGGGUGUUUGGGGAUGUUGGGGAGGUGGGUAGGUUGGAGGAGGAGGGUUAA